AUGUUGGCUUCCCACACAACGAAUCCUCAUCACUCCAACAAGGAAAACCUCAUCCAUUCGCAUCAUCAUCAUCAACAACAACACUCCUCCUCUUCCAACCACAACACACACAUUUCCUCCUAUUCUUCCUCUUCAAAAAGAAGCCAACCUCCUUCUUCCACAUCUUCUUCAUCAUUAAAAUCAUCUUCCCACACCACCACGAGUUCAACAACCAAUAACAGCUCCACCUCCUCCUCUACAUCUACUACAACGACAAAUAGUAAGCCCACCCUCGGAUCCUAUCUCCGAAGUACCAAACCCUAUAUUUUCGUCCCAACUUGGGAUGAAUUAAAACAAACCACUCCCAAUAGCGCCUAUUCUCAACUCGUAGAUGUUUAUACGAAAUUAGAAGGCUCUCCUCAUGCCAUGUAUUUGGAUCAGAAGGUACAAUUUAUACGAGUUUGUAUUCAGGUGAUUGAGGAUGGAAUGAUUCAUUCCAUGGUCCUUCCGAUGAUGAAUCAAGGCUCAACUUCCACCUAUGAGAAGGAUCUCUAUUUGAUGUGGAUGCUUCUCGCGGUUUCUCUUCUCACUUGUAAUAUGCCUCAUAUUGAGAAUGAGAUGCAAGAUCAUAUCUCAAAACAAUUUGAAUACUUUUCAUCGUGUAGUCAUUCAAUUAAGGAGGAUGAAACGUAUUACUUUUUAUAUGCUCAAUACGAAUGGUUUGUGAAUGAGGAUCAUCAGGAUCGUAUGUUUAAGAGUCUUUCAAAGAUUCAACAAGGACUGAAAAAGUUUGAGAAAUCGGUCGUUUUGUUGCAAGUGAAGAAUUCCAUUUUGGAUUCUGGAAGUUUUCCAUUCCAUUUGAGUUACAAGCCAACACCACUUCCAUCAAGUAGUGUUUUGUCAACAACAAGCAAAUCGUCACCUCCACAAUCGACAGUCAUGUCCUCUACUGCAACAACCGCUGCAAACAUCAAUACCACUUCACAAAACAAAUCUUCAACUCCACCACCCACCGAAGGUCUUUUCUCGCGACCAGUAAGAAGACUUUCACCUCAACCACAUGCUCUUUCUCAACAACAGCAAGGCUCCAACUUGGUCGCCUCUCAAGAACGACCUUUGCAACUGAUUAGUGCAGCCAGACCCCCUUCUUCAAAUUCUAGGACUAAUCUUUUCACUUCUUCUUCGAGUUCUGUAAAUACAGGAGUUAAUUCAUCAUCAUCAUCAUCAUCGUCAUUCAUGAAUAGCAAUUCAGCCGUUUAUGCAACCCCUUUGUCGAAUUCAACAACUUCAGCGCAAACUUACCAGCAAACAUCUUCAUUCCUUAGUCCUCCUCCAAUGACUAUUGGAAGCAUGCAACAGAGCUCCAAUAACCAAAAUUUGUCAACAACACCAUUCAACAAUUCUCAGCCAUCUACAACCAAUACUGCUUACAUGGAAAUGACAGCACUCAAACGGCCACGUGAAGAUCUUCAUGCUUCCAAAAUACCAACAUCUACCAAUAACAAUUUUGCAACUAUCACACCUAUCACAUCAUCCAAACAACAGGUUUCCUCCUCUUCGACAGUAACACCCACCUCAAAGAGUUCAACACCAUCAAGUGAGGGAAGUGAUUCUAAGAAACGAAAAUUUACCAUCAUUGUGAAGAUCAAUAACCGAGAAUAUGGAGUUAUGCGCAAAAUUGGAGUUGGAGGAAGCUGCUCUGUUUACAAGUGCAUUGACUUGGAAAAGAAUGAGGAAGUUGCUAUUAAGCACAUUAAAAUUGACAAAACGGAUGACGCCAGCAUUGUCAAGGGUUUUCUCGAUGAAGCCAAAUUAUUGGAAUCUCUCAGAGAAGAUGAUGUCAACAACAAUAUUAUUCGACUGAUUGACUAUGAACAUCGACCUCAUAGAAGCCGCGAUGAAAUUCUACUCGUGAUGGAAUUGGGUAGUAAUGACUUUAACACCAUUUUGAAGAAGCACAACAAAGACAAUCCAUUCACAGUCGAUGAAUUAAAACAAUACUGGAGACAAAUGCUUGAAGCUGUGGCAUUCAUUCACUCUAAAAAGAUUGUUCACACAGACAUUAAGCCAUCCAAUUUUUUGCUUGUUAAUGGCAAGUUAAAACUUAUUGAUUUUGGAAUUGCCAAAGUGCCUGAACAUGAGAAUACUCAAAACAUUUCUCGUAAUACCAUUGUGGGUACUCUCAAUUUUCUUCCUCCAGAAAGUUUUAAGAAUCACGUGGUGAAUGAUGGAACGACAAAAUACAAAUUUGGUCCACCAGGUGACAUUUGGAGUCUCGGAAUUAUGCUCUACCAGACUAUUUAUCACAAAACACCUUACUCUGACAUUCAAGAUCACAUCAAAAAGAUUUCUCUCAUCACCGACGAAAAUUCUGAAAUUUUCUUCCCACCUGUGGACGAGCAAUAUCAGGAAGCUGUUUCUCUUCUCAAAUCCAUACUCGUGAAAGAUCCAAGUAAGCGACCGUCCAUCCAAACCAUUUUACAACAUUCAUUCUUUGGAUCUCAAAUGGAGCCAGUAACGAUUUUACUUCGAGAUGCAAACGAACAAACACACUUUGUAGACAAUGUUCGUCAAGUUUUCCAUUAUUUACUUUCCAAUUCUCAAUCCCUUUCUUCACAAACUUCUCUUUAUGCCUCCUAUACCGCCAAUGAGCUUUUAAGGCUUUGUUUUGAACGUUCUAAACAGCAACAACAACACGGUGACAAAUUGUCAGAGGAUGAAAUUUUGAACUGUGUGAAAAACAAGCCUUAA